AUGCCUCCACCUCCUCAUAUCAGGCCUGAGAAUGUGCUCAGGCGAGCGCAAGAGCUCAUUGCCGUCGAGCAGACCCAGGCAGCUCUCAACGUCCUACAUGAACAUGUCACCUCCAAACGUUCCCGGAAUAGCCCCAUCUCCUCCUUGGAGCCGGUCAUGCUCCUCUUUGUCGAAUUGUGCGUCGAUUUAAGAAAAGGAAAAUCCGCAAAGGAUGGGCUUUACCAGUACAAGAACAUAGCGCAAAACACGAACGUGGGAACAAUCGAGUUGGUCUUGAAAAAAUUCAUUGAGCUCGCCGAACAAAAGGUCCAGGAGGCUCAAGCCAAGGCUGACCAGGUUCAAUCGUCGCUUGAGUCAGCGGCGACUGCCACAGACCUGAAUGUUGAAGAUCUCGAGGCUACCGAAACCCCGGAGACUAUCCUUCUCGCCACUGUCUCUGGCGAGCAGUCCAAAGACCGAACGGAUCGAGCUAUCGUCACGCCAUGGCUCAAGUUCCUCUGGGAAACGUACCGCACGGUCCUGGAAAUCCUGAAGAAUAAUGCACGACUGGAAGUCAUGUACCAGAGUACCGCUCAUCAAGCGUUCGAUUUCUGUCUCAAGUACACCCGAAAGACUGAGUUUCGCCGGUUGUGUGAACUUCUGCGAAACCAUGUGCAGAACGCUGCCAAAUACUCUUCCCAAAUGCAUGCCAUCAAUCUCAAUGAGCCCGACACCCUGCAGCGUCAUCUCGAAACACGUUUUCGGCAGUUGAACGUGGCAGACGAGCUUGAAUUGUGGCAGGAGGCUUUCCGUAGUGUCGAAGAUAUCCACAUGCUUCUUACGCUCUCCAAGCGGCCAGCGAAGAACGUCAUGAUGGCCAACUACUACGAGAAGCUUACGAAGAUCUUCCUCGUCAGUGACAACUUUUUGUUCCAUGCUGCAGCGUGGAACAAGUACUACAACCUGCUCCGACAGUCCGCGACUGCCGUCGCGUCUGGUCAGUCUCCAAAACGCGACAAUCCAGUUGUUACCGAGGACUCUUUGACCAAGGCCGCCUCCUUUGUAUUGCUUUCUGCGCUGGCAAUUCCUGUCAUUAGCACGUCGCGCUCGCGAGGUGCGCUGGUCGAUGUCGACGAGGCGCGGAAGAACAAGAACAAUCGCUUGACCAAUCUUCUCAGUAUGCCAUUUGCUCCCACAAGGGCAGGACUCUUCAAGGACGCACUCACCAAGGGCUUGCUCAAGCGUGUCCGACCGGAAAUUCGAGAUCUCUACAAUAUUCUCGAAGUGGAUUUUCACCCUCUCUCGAUUUGCAAGAAGAUUUCACCUAUCCUGGCUCAGAUCGGAGCGGACCCUGAAAUGGAGAAAUAUGUCCUUCCUCUACAGCAGGUCAUUCUCACCCGCCUUUUUCAGCAACUCUCACAGGUCUAUGAAUCGGUGGAGUUGAGUUUUGUGACUCGGCUCGCUCAGUUCCCCGCGCCAUUUGAGGUGACUCCUGCCAUGAUUGAGAAGUUCAUCAUGAAUGGUUGCAAGAAGGGCGAUCUAUCAAUCAGGCUUGACCACGUUUCUGGUAUCUUGGCCUUCGACUCCGACGUCUUCUCAUCUGCCAAGGCUCUCCAUCCAGGCAGCGCGGCAGGAUCGGCAGAGAGUGAAGUUGGCUCCGUCCAAAGACUCCAGAAUACUCCGGCCGAGAUCGCUCGAUCUCAGCUGACAAGAUUGGCAAAGACUCUGCACGUGACAUGCAUGUAUGUCGACCCCUCGUACAAUCAGGCUCGGCUCGCGGCGAGAGAGACAGCUCUUGCCCGCGCCGAGGCCGGUGCUGAACAAGAGCACCGGGAGACCCUCGAGAGGCGCGUUGUCAUCGAGAAGAAGAAAGAAGCGGCCUCCGAGGCUUUCCAAAAGAGGCAGAGAGAGGAAGAAACUCGUCGCCGUAUCCGUGCGCAACAGCAGGCAGAGGCUGAGUCUCAACGCCUCCGCGAUGAGACAAGGGCUCGUGAGCUCAAGCGUGUCAAGGAUGAACAAGCCCGCAUUCGACGCCAGGAGAUAGAGAAACAACUGGCCGAACUUCAAAGUGGCAUGAAGAUCGACCUUCACGAUGUGAACAUUGACGAGCUUGAUUCCAACCAAAUCCGGUACCUGAAGUUGUCUCAACUUGAGAAAGACAAGAAAGAAAAGGACGAACGUAUCCGCAUUACGGCCAAGCGUCUUGAUCACCUGGAGCGUGCAUUCCGGCGUGAGGAGCUCAAGUACCAACAACAGGACUAUGAGAAGCAGCGGGAGGAAGACCUGAAGAUCUAUGAGCUAAACAAAGAGCUCAUAUUGAAGGAAGCCCAGGAAAAGCAUAAGGAAGGCCUGGCUCUGAAGCACCGUCUCAGCAGACUCGUCAAGGAAUACGACGCUUUCAAGGGUCAGAUCACGGAGCGUCGUGCUGCCGAGUUUGAGAGGCUUCGCAAGAGAGCCGAGCGGGAGUUUGAGGAAGAGAAGCGCAAAAGGAUCAAGGCUUACCACGAGGAGAAGGCCCGGCAGCGUGCAGCCCAAGAAGCCGAAGAACGUCGCAUCCGCGAGGAGGAGGAGCGUCUACAGCGCGAGGAAGAGGAGAAGGCGAAAGCUGAAGAAGAAAAGAAACGAGUUGCCGCCGAGCGACGAGCGCAGGCGGAGGCCGCUCGGCUCGAACGCGAAGAGGCUGCGAGAAAACAGAUGCAACGCGAGGAAGAAGCCGCAGCGAGGAGGGCUGCUCGCAAAGCCGAACAGGGAGCACCGGCGCCGGCGCCGGCGCCGUUCUCUCGCGAAAAACCAAGAGAAGCCCCCCCGAUGGAGGCCCGUACCGGCUCUCAGGAUGGUCCACGGAUUGCACCCCGCCUUCAACUGGCCGGCAAACCGGGCGGCGGCGGUGGCUGGCGCGAACGACAGGCCGCAAAGGAAGCCGCCACAUCUGGCGGUCCCGGCCAAGCCCCUGCUGCUGAAGUUCCGGCCCCGUCUCAGGCUGCACCUUCAGUCCAAGAGCCACCAGCCCGUCGCCCAGGCGGGUACGUUCCACCUCAUCUCCGUGACAGUGGAUCAUCUGCUCGACCUAGCGCAGAUCAUCCACCUGCUCGUGACUAUCACCACCCGCCUGCUCGCGACCACCAGGGACCUCCGCGCAAUUCGUCCGCUUCGCCCGCUAACGGCGCGCCGAGUGGACGUUACAUGCCGGCUCACAUGAGAGAUGCAGGGCGCAGCUUGUCCCGAGAAGGUGCCGGUUCUCCCGCACAGGGCAGCGGUGACGAAGCAGCGCCGAGGAAGCCAGCGUCGGGAGGGCCAGGACGGUACGUGCCUCCAAGCAUGCGCAACCGUCAACAGUGA